UGUCUUGUUGUCUACAACUCAAGUCUAGAGAAUUUUGUGAUUUUUAUGUGAUCUAUCAUACGAAGACUGUGCUUUUAUGUCCUAAACGUUUCAAUUACAAGAAACAUUUAUUUAUAAUUAAAUAUUUUUAAUGUUUUAUUAAUUCAAAUAAUAUGGAACAGAGCAGGGAAGAAAUCCUGGCUAAUUUUCAGGCAUGUACAGGAAUUGAAGAUAUUGCAGAAUGUUUGCAUAUUUUAGAUGAAUCUGAUUGGGAUUUAAUGAGAGCAGUAAAUCAUGCAAUUCCAUUUGAAGCUCCACCAAAUGAAUCAACAACAGCAACAGUGGCAACGAGUAUUGAUGACGAUGAUUUGGAAGUAAUAGCCGGGGCAUCAUCAUUUAAUGUUUUACCAACACGCCGUUCAACACGAUUACAAAUGCCUGAAGCAUCUACGUCCAAACCAAAGAGUUCAAGUCGAAAUUUGAAAUUCACUGUCCAUUGUAAAGAUCAUCUUAUUCUUACAUAUAAUUUACCAGAUACUUCAACAGUUUUAGACUUAAAGCAUUUAAUAGCAUCAGGCGUUUCAAUACCGCCAUGUCGGCAAAUUCUCAGUGGUUGGGUUCGUACACCUUCAAGUGACAGUACGGUAUUAGCAAAUUUAAACUUGCCAAUGGAGAACGUAAUAUUUUUGAGUGCAUUACCUGCUCCACCAGUUCCAAUGGAUGAAGAUGAAGAAAUUGAUAUGAGCGAACGUUUAACGAGACAUUAUAUAUUGAAUAUCCGUGAUGAAUCAUCAAAUAAAUCAUAUAAUUUAAAAUUUCCUGGUACCAAAACAAUACUAGAAGUAAAAAACGAUGUUUACACAUUAACUGAUAUACCGGCACGACAUCAAGUAUGGUCUGGGUGGCCACCAUCAAUAGACGAUAAUACUUGUCUUGCUCUAACCGGUAUAUCAUAUCCAUCACAUGACCUCACGGUUAAACGAUCAGUUAUACAAAGUACAAGUAGAAAUUCAGUGAAAAAUACGGACAGAGAGAAACAUCGAAAGAUUUUGGUGGAUUUAGUUGAUAGCGAUACAAGUUCAGUUGAAGAAUUCGAAGAUGCCUCUGAAAGUUUUAAUAUUGAAGAUGAUAUAUUUAUUGAUAACGUAGAAACUAAAAAAGUUGAACCACUCAUUCCAGAUAAUGUAGAAGAUGAAGCUAUUGGUUGUAUACAUUUCUCAGAAAGAUUUACUUCACGGUAUGGUGGAGUACAUCCAGCAUUUUUUACUGGAACUCUUGAAGAUGCUAUUAAAGAAGCAUGCAUUAAACCUGCCAAAGAUAGACGCUUAUUAGCUUUGUACUUACAUCAUGAUGCAAGCGUAUUGUCAAAUGUAUUUUGCACGCAAUUAUUAGGUUUUGAAUCUGUAUUGCAAACAUUUGAAGCGAGUUUUGUUGUUUGGGGUUGGGAUGUAACAAAUGAUGGAAAUAAAACCAAAUUAUUAUCAUCGGUUAGUAAUAAUUUAGGUAGUGUAGCUGCAAUGACAAUAAGAAAUAUUCCAGUUGAAAAAUAUCCAGUGUUAAUACUUAUUAUGCGUAUGAGAUCUGCUACAGAAAUUUUCACAGUUAUUCAUGGUAAUGUUGGAGUUAAUGAACUUGUCGGGGGAUUAAUGGAAGCUGUUGAAGUUUGGAGUGAACAGCAACGUAUUGAAAUGAGAGAAGAACAAGAAAGAGCUGAUAGGGAGUUAGUUAAACGAGAACAAGAUGAAGCAUAUCGUGAAAGUCUUGAAGCCGAUAGAGCAAAAGAAGCUGCUAGAAAAGAACAAGAAGCACAAAUUGAAGAAGAACGUCGUCGGAUAGAAUCUGAAAGACAAGAAGCAGCUGCAAUUCGCGAAGCACAUAGAAAAAAUCUUGAAAGUAAUUUACCAGCGGAACCAUCUGGUGCAAGUGGGGAUGGAAUUGCUCAAAUUAGAUUUCGAUUACCGAAAGGACAAGUACUUGAUAGAAAGUUUUUAAGUUCAUCUACGUUACAAGUUCUAUUAAAUUAUUUAACAGUUAAAGGAUAUCCUCCUGAUGAAUAUAAAGUAAUAUCUAGCUGGCCAAGAAGAGACUUAACAACAGUUGAUCCUGAGAAAACUCUACUGGAAUUAAAAUUAUACCCACAAGAAACUGUGAUGAUUGAAGAACGAUAAUUUAUUUCACUUUUACUAAAAUAUGUAUUAUUUAUAAUAUCUUAUAACAAAAAAAAAUGAUACUUGAAAAAUCAUUAUUUACUGUCAAACACAUAAUGAUGCUCGAUAAAAACAAAUGAAAAGUAUGUAAAUAUUAAUUGUUUCUCAAUAAUAACAGACCACCACAACAUUUUUAUUAAUUAAUAAUUAAUAGUAUUAUUAUAUUAUAUAAACAAAAACAAAUUGUUUAAAAUAUUACUAUAUAAAUAUAAAUUAAUUUUUUACUGUACAAAUAUGUCAAAAACUUAAAAAAAAACAAAAACAAAGAUCGAGGACGAGGCGUGGUAUUUAGCAGAAAUUU